CUUUAUUCUAUACAAUACAGAGUAAUCUUUUAAAUGAUGCCCAAAAUGUACAUAUAAUCCAAUAUAUAUGGAUUAACCUAUUUUGAGCUACUAAUUAGCUAUUAAUAAGAAAUUAGACCAAUAUUAAAUAUUACACCCAGCUUUGACUAUUAAUAGAAAUACGCAUCCUCUAUACCAAUUUGUAACCUGAAAUUAUAAGAGUAAGCUAAAAUUAAUGAUUAAAAAUGUGUCACAAAUUAUCUGAUGAAAUGGAAGAUCAAGAUGGUCUCUGCUUUCUAUAUUUAAUUGAAAUUCCAUUAGAAUUGUACUUUAUUGGAAUACGCCAUAAUUUGGCAUUUUAAUUAGGAGAAAUUUUAUAAAAUUGAUGAAAAAUUUAAAGAACUUUGACAAAAACCCCUUUGUGUAAAAGGUAAUAUACAGUACAAUUUGAGAAGGGGGGAGCGUUUUGGUUUCUUUUUAUUAAAAUUUUGGUAAGAAUAAAGUGUGUUUUGAUUUAAGAAAAUAAACAUUUAUUUUAUUUUAACACCGGUUCAAUUUAAAUAUAAGAUUAAAACACUUG